CGGUCACACGGGCGCCCCGUUCCACUCCCGAUCCCAGCGCCUGCUUCCACUAGGUCACAUGGACUGCCCCAUCUCCCGCCUCACCCAUUAACCCAUUAACCUGGUCUUCGCCAUACACCUUACGGGGUGGCCUUCUCUCCAUUUUGGUUUCAGUCGCGUCAUUUCAUUUUUGUUCCGUCCGUCAGAAUCUGGGUUGUCAGUCCCCCGCUUCUUGCGCGUUCCAUAGCGAUGGCGACCGCUGCGAGCGGAAUUACAGCUGGCGGGUUGUCAGUGAAGCUGAAGUCGGGCUCGCCGGCUACUGGGGCCAGUCAUUCGUGCUCCUGCUCUUCCUCAAUAUGUCCAUCAUCUACCUCUCGCUACCUGCCCUCCUGUCGUGAUGGUAGAUGGCCUGUUAACAAGAGCAGUGGUCACCGCGUCGGCAGCUCCAGUGGCAGCAGCUUGACAUCGCAGCGGUUUGUCUGCCACCAUCGACCAGAAGGAUCUCGCCAUGGCCGAGGAGCGACGGCAGCGAUGUGCUCUCGCACUUAUUCUUUCGUACGUCGAAUCCGACUCGACACAUUCUUGCCGCUUGUGGACUCCAGGGACAUUGUGGAGCUGGAGCUGAAGCACAAAGAUUAUGAAAUCACAAUAAGGAAAAAGGAAGCUCUAGAAUCAAACCAGCCCCCACCGCAGCCCUUCCCUUCGGCAAUGGUCAGCAGUUUGGUACCUCAGCCUGCAUACCCAGCACCUCCGCCACCAGCACCGUAUGUGCAGCCUACAGCUCCUCCAGCAGAGGCACCACCCCCUCCUGCAGCAGCUGAACCAGUGGCUCCAGCUCCUCCGCCGCCUGCCUUGGCUCCCAGUCAUGUCAUUUGCUCCCCUAUGGCAGGGACAUUCUACCGCAGCCCAGCACCGGGGGAGUCUGCUUUUGUGAAGGUUGGCGAUAUGGUUAAGAAAGGACAACCAAUAUGUAUAGUGGAGGCCAUGAAGCUGAUGAAUGAGAUUGAGGCUGAUCAGGGAGGAGUCAUUGCCGAAAUCCUGGUUGAGGAUGGGAAACCAGUGGCAGUAGACACGCCGCUCUUUGCACUGAAACAAUGAAGCUGGUGUCGAGGACGAGUGGUUGAUGUACUUCGGGUAUGGUUGGCGUUGGUUGGAAUCCGUGAGAGGGAGGAAUACAAGAGAUACAUCCACGCUUAUUUGCCUCUUGUGCCUCAGCCCAGGCAAGGGGAUUUGGUGAGGUGAUGAUGUAACAGCUGGCUGGAUGACCAGAUAUGAUGCAUCUCGUGUGCUAGAAGAGGGGAAGAGAGGGAGGGAGAGGGUAUCCUCUCCCUGUCUGCGUCGCUGACAAGGAUGGACAGUGUAUAAGCUGGCAAGGGAGAAGAUGAUGCGAUUAAAUGAGAUGGGAUAGAUGUGUUUAAAGGACAGUGGGUCAGCUUAUGGUGGAGGAUGUGGAGAACAGCAGCAGAGAACAGCACUGUGAGAGCAUCGAGGGUGUUGUUUCCUCAGUUUUUGAGGCGGAUAGUUAUGUCAAAGCACGAAGCGAUCUGAGCCUUUUCAUGGCGGGCUGAGUCUUUGGAUUCAUUGCAAUUCAGCAAGUAUUGUCGUUUGGGGUACGUGAGUGAUUCAACGAAUGUGCUUUUUGGAUAAGUUAUGUGAAAGAGUGCAGCGAACUGGGCCCUGUCGUGGUGUGCUGGGCCUUUGGUUGGAUUCAUUUGUUCCCUUUCAUUUCAGGGAAGGGGAACAAGGACCACCAAUGUAAUGAGCUUAGGUUUUGAGGCAGAGAGUGGUACUGGAAGGCUGGAAGUGUCCUUACAUUUUGGUGGUCAUGAAGAGGGGGAGGAAAGGAAGGCGUGGUGGGCAUGACAUUUUGGUCAGUCUGCAUCUUUGUAAUUUGAGGGAGGGAGGGAGGGAGGGGUUCUCAGAUACCCACUCACUUAUGAGGUUGUAUGGGGUGGGUGGGUGGGUAUGUAAGGCAUUUGCUGAAGUUCCUUUUCCAUAUGUACGGAUUCCCAAGCACUCUUGGGCGAAGGUAGGUCAUUCUACCUCUCGUCCCCUCAAAAUUUUGUGGGGUGUUUGCCCCACUUACCCCUAGACUAGUUAACAGCAUGUUCAGGGACGUUUGCAGUUUUGUAGAGGCUUCGUCACUUGUGCAUUUUUCUUGAUCCCCCUCAUGGGCUUGUCGUAUUAGGAUUCGACUUCAUUACAGAGUUCAUAAGUUUGUUUGUACAGGUCUACAGGCAGUUUCCCUGGCAUGUUUAUUGGGGCAAAUAACAUGCGCCUUGGAGCAAGUAACAUGGUCUUUUCUCUCUUGCUCAAAUUUUCUCUCUCAGGGAAUAAUGUUUGACUUAGUGUUUUCCAUCCCUGGGAAUGAUGUUUCUUAUUGUUUUCCAUUGCUGGGCUGCAUAUGUUUUGCAUGAGACGA